AAGGUGCAUUUUGAAAACGCUUUCAUCUGUAAAUUAAGAAAUAUCAGCAACUUCUGAGUUGGAUAAAUGACAUAAAGUUAGAUGUGUGUAAUGUUUCACACCUGAAACAUGAUAAUGCUUGGACAGUUUGUGGUUUAGCAGUAGCAUGGCUCCCCCAUUUCUGGAGGCUACUGGUCCUUGAGGUAGCUGUUCGUGGAUCCUCUACCCUUUUACUGUCUGAAUACUGUAAAUAUCACACAAAAGCUUUUUAACAUAAUACAAUAUAGAAUGUGUUUUAAUUUCCCCCACUAGCCUGCAAAAUGGGACAUUGUCUUUUCGAUACCUUCUCAAAAUUUGACUUAAAGCUUCAUUUUGUUGACAGAGGAAACUUUGUCUUGUGGUUUGAACUUUUUUUAUUGUUUGAAUUCAUAAUCUUCCCUUAUUCUGCUAAUGAAUUGCCCAAAGACCCGCAUCUUUCCUCACUGAAACAAAUGCGCAAAGUGUAUUAUAACCUAACAACGUGGAAAAAAAAGUUCAAUAAUACCGUGACAAUCAGAUCCCUGACUAGUGUGUGUAAACAUCUGGCCACAACUGUGCAGCUGCACUGAAUUGUGUUGAAGGGUCAAAGCUUAAGAAGCAGCACGGACCAUCAGAGUUUAUCACUAACGCCCUCAUCCAGCUCCCAGCUGUUCCAUACCACGCCGUUAAAUGAGUCAUAUUGGGUCAGGUUGGAUGAGAGAGACAAGAAAUGAAGUCAACAAGAGAAAGGAAAAAGCUGUGAUGAUGGAGGGAUGGAUGCAGUACGAAGAGCGAAGGGGUGGGAAAGUAACAGAUGGACUUGGGCGGAUUAGAGCGAAUCUGGGUGGGUUUCUACUGGAAACCAGGAGCGAUGCAGGAAUCAAGAGAACAAUUCAGGAAACCUGAAUCUAUUAUUCAAGAAGGUAGAGGCAAACACAAAGUGAACGUUGUCUAGCCUACAGGCAUUGGUACAGCAUGAGAGUCACCGGGCAUUAAUCUCCUCCACCUUACCCAAGAUUAAAACAGAUUUACCGGACCCAGAGGCAGGCCUGAGAUCCUGGACUAAUCACUCCUUCUUUAACCAAAUCCCUCUCGGAGAGGUGAGGGAACAGGUUGAGAAGAGGGAUGUACCAUGAGGCUGGACCUGAUUAGAUGUAAAAUCCGGAUUCUAAGAUUUAAAUCUGCCUUGGAGCGGGAAGAAGAACUCAUCAGGAAGACGGAUAUGUGAGGAGCCUCGAGGCAACAUGAAACACAGCUAGACAGGCGGCUGGUGCUGUAAUACUCUCAAGAAACAAAGAUCUUAAAUUUAAAUCUGAUAACCUGCUUUGUUCGCCUGCUAAAUCCCAAGUUUCUGUAACAGACACUACAGCUGGGAUCCUCCAGCUUCGAUAAGGACGCAACAGCUGGAGCUCCUCAUGCAACCUCCAGUCGUCGGCACAUCUGCCGCAACUUGAUUAAAACUCAACACUUUCUUUCCCUCUCUGUCCUCUGACCUCUCAUCAGAUAUCUUUCCUCAGAUCCCGCCCUCCUUCCAACUCUUCACCACUGCUCAUCUUCCUCACUUUUGUUUCUCUUCUGAAACAUCCUUAAUCUCCUUAUUUUCUCCUCUUCUGCCCUCCAUGAGUCACUCUCAAACUUCUAAUCAACCUUCCAUGCUUCUUACUUUUCACAAAUAGUCCUAAUCUUGAUCUUGAGGAUGCUUCAGCCUGCUGACCUUCAUCCCAAUAGGUCACCAAAACCGGUUGCCAUCGAGGUAAAACCGACCCGCCGCCUGCCACGUUUCUCCUCUGGCUUCAGUCCGGUUGAGCAGUAACAAUGCUGGAGAAAAUGUCCAGACGUAACCGGACCCUGCUGUCCCUGGGUCUCACCUCUCUGGCCCUGACGAUGUCCGUGUCAGCCUUCUGCAGUUCCUACUGGUGUGUAGGGACACACAAAGUGGUGAAGCCGAUCUGCCUGUCACCGGUCAAGAUGAAGAACUGUGGAAAGAACAACAGCCAGCCGUACACAACAGAGGCUCCCACCCCGAACCCGGAGUCCAACGUGACGCUGUCUCCCCAGCAGAAGGAGGAACUGGCCCUGAUAAGGAAAAAGCAGUUGGCCAAUGCCGUGCAGUAUCUGUGGGAAACGGGCGAGGACAAGUACAUGCUGAGAUAUUUUCACACGGGUUUCUGGCUUUCCUGUGAAAAACACAAUGAAGGAGAUGAUCAGGAAGAAAAGUGCCGCAGCUUCAUUGAACUCACCCCAGGAGAGACACAAGGUGUGCUGUGGCUGUCUGUGAUCAGUGAGUUCAUGUACAUCAGUCUUCUGGCGAUGGGUUUCCUCCUGAUGUGUGUCGAAGCGAUGUGCCUCUGUGCCAAGAAGGAGAUGAGCUCCCUGAAGAUCAACGCCUUCGCUGCAAUGUGCACCGUCCUUUCAGGUAUGAUGGGGAUGGUAGCCCAUAUGAUGUACACCACAGUGUUUCAGAUGACAGUGAGCAUCGGACCAAAAGACUGGAGGCCACAGUCUUGGGACUAUGGAUGGUCUUUUGCGUUAGCAUGGCUUUCCUUCAGCUGUUGCAUGGCAGCGGCUGUGGCAACACUCAACUCGUACACCAAGACCAUCAUUGAGAUGAAGCACAGAGCCAGGUUGAGGCUGGAGGAAGCCCGAGCUGCUACCAUCGCCCCGUCCUAUGAGGAGGUUGUUCGAGCCGGAGGCGGAGGGCUUUACUCAGUCAGCCAGCUGCUUCAUCUCGGCCAGCAGGGGGCCCUCAUGGAUCCACUGUGGCCAAGAGGAGUGGGACCGGCGGUUGGACCUUUGGCAUGCGGUGCUGGUGGGGCCCUGCUGGUUGGAGGUGGAGUCGGGGGCAUCGGCAUGGGAACAGGAGGAGUUGUAGCUGGAGGAAGCACAGCCAUAGGAGGAGCAGGUGUUGGAGGAAGUGGAGUUGGGAUGGGAAUGGGAAGCACUGGUGGGACAAUGGGGGCGAUGGGAGGAGGUGGAAUGGGAACAGGAAGAAUGGUGGACGCUCACGGGGUCGUAGUUGUGGAGGGAUGCGCCACAGAAGGAUGUGAGGAGUGUGAGCGAGAGAUGGAUGAGAUAGAUUACACUCUGCAGGAGGAAAGAGAGGACUCCAUCUGCUAGGACUUACAGGGCUAAAGACUGGAAAACAACACAAGACUUGAAGAAUCACCUGUACUAGGUUUUUUGUACAUAAACUGUCUUCGAGUUUUUAGAUGUUAGCUGUGUCAGUUUCAUGAUCACUAGACUAAGAUUUCCAAACAUAAAUGGCUUGACUAAAGUUUUUUUUUUUAUCAUGUUUUGUCAUGCCUCUGAAGUUUGAAGUUUGGAUUUAUUCGUAUUGCAGUCACAUAAUAAAUAUCUCUCAAGUCUUCUUGAAGAGCUGGUGAGUAUUGUCACAGUAAACCUACAGCAAAGAUAAUAAAAUAUCUUCAAAGUGGUACAGAAAAAAAGACAAAAAGAAAAAGUCACGUGGGGCGAACUAUCGGUGACAUCAACACAAGCACAGCUCUGAAGUCAAACUCAUCUAUUACUUAGAGUCAUGGUGAAAUGGAAGUGCCCUCUUUCUGGUUUCAGUCAAUAAAUGAUCUGGCUUUAUACCAUAAUUUAUUUAACUAUAGCCUCAAGUAUACAAAACCAAACACCAAAGAUUUCAUAUAUUUUAAGAGAAUUGUCUGUAAUGCUUUAGAUUUAGCCUAAUCUUGCUCAUACUCAUAUAAGGACAUUUGCUGGUAAUUAAUCUAAGACUGGUAAAUCCAAGAGAUUUUGUGAAUACAUGUGACAAGCUGGUCAUAGUGGACAUUUCACAGCAGCGUCUUUAAGUUUACUCAUCAUUAUCAACUGAACCAGGUUACUUGUGUAAAACUAGCCUUACACUGACUUUUUAUGUGAAUGAAUGUGUUUUAUCAGUGAUUUAGAUAAUCAGAAUUCAAAAUUACAUCUUCUCAGGGCAAUUGAUUUUAGUCAUGUACUUUUUAGCCACAACUGUUCAGAAACACUUAUGGAGAUGACAGCAGUUGCAAAUAUACACAUUUAGUUAUGACAAAGUGACAAGAGACGUUUUGAAUUUAGCGUGGCAUGGAUGCCCUGCUGCCUCCUGUUGCAACAAGUGCAGGUCUGAAAAAUAAAAAAAACUAAAUUGUUCUGAUUUAAUUUUUAUUAGAGUUCUGCAAAAAAUGUGGGUAAAAUGGUAUUAUUUCUUUUAUUUAGAGGGGUGGGGGUUGGGUUGGGUGUUGGAGCCUGGGAGUACAGUGACUCAGUUGAGGCGCUUUGGACAUCUGGUCAGGCUGACCCCUGGGUGCCCCCCUCUCAGGGCAUUUUAGGGCAGACCCAGAGUCAGAUAGAUGGACUCUAUAAAAGCUUGGGAAAAGCUUUGUGUCCCACAGAAUAAGAGUUUCAUUGUUUUUUCUCCUAGACCGGAGACCCUGACGAUCCAAUCUCAAAUAAACUGACGACACAGGAUGCAUGUUUUGGUCAAAUAUUCUCAAUCAACACAGAUUUUUCAAAAAACACAAACUGCUAAGCAGUGUCAAGAACUUUCUGGGAAAAUUAUAGAGUGUGAUUGCUGCUGUAUGGUUUGGUUUCUGCUUCUGAGAACGUGAAAAAGUCUGUCUAGGAAUACUGAAAAAAGUGAGAUGUCUGUGGCAGAGAGGUCUGGAUUUUGAGACAGAUGUUUUUAGAUGUUGGACAGAAGAUUAUGUCAGUAAUCUCUACCAGUGAUGGAAAUAAGACAGCAAGAGAGAGAGGGAUUGAUUUAAUUCAGGCAGUGAGGCGGAGAUAAAGUCAACUCUAAAGUUAUCGAAUGGCACUGUAUGAGGACAGUAAUUAAAAAUGUAAUUUAGGAGGUUAGAUAAUGCAGCAGUUAUGCAACCUCAACCAUAUGGGCAGUAACCAGCUCCUGUAACAAUAAUUAGCAGCAGAAUAAUGUUGACCACAGCAUUUUGCUUUUCUAAUAAAUAUUUAUGAUUUUUCAUAAACUGAAACACAAAUCAGUUCCUCUGACUGA